UGUUCGUACCCAAGCCUGUCAGGUAAUUUCCAGCACUCUUAAACAGGAACCUAAAAUUACUAAUUCUGAGUUAUCCGAAAAUAAUCGUGACCGAGUAAUGGCUGACCUUGAAGCCAAAAAAAAGGCUAAAAAAGAAGCAAAAAACCUUGCUAAUAACUUAGAAACUAAAGGAAAAGAUGCCAAACAAUUAAAAAAACAAUUGGAAGAAGUGGAAAAAUCCAAAGGUCAACAAAGUUAUGAGGAUAACCAAGUUGGGGUGGAUAAUUUAAAAAAUGAACUAGCCCAAAAGGUCAGUGAGGAAGAAUACUGCCAAAUCAUCGUUGACACCAUUGAAAAAAAUAUGGCUAAAUACGAUAUCAAGGAGCAGGAAUUGGAACCCGAAAUAAAAGCAGACUUAGCAAAAUUAAAAAGUAAAGAAAUUAAGGAUAAUAACCAAAUCAAUGAAAUAGAAAAAAAGAAUAUGAAAAACGGAGAAUUAGAAGGAAAAGACAUAGAGAAAAUUUAUCAGUUAACCACUGAAAAUUAUAAGUGA